AUGACGACCAAAACCCCCACCCCACACAGCCAAUUCAUCACCCACGCCAACGGGCAAAAGACACACUUCAUCGUCGACGACUUCACUGACCCCUGGAGAACAGACGUGCAGACAAUCCUGAUCCAGCACGGAUUCAGCCGGCACUCGAGUUUCUGGUACCACUGGAUCCCACGGCUGGCGUCCAAGUACCGCAUCAUCCGACGUGACCUGCGUGGCCACGGCCGCUCCAGCGACCCGACGCCUGACUACGAGUACACGCUCGACACAGUGCUGGGCGAGGUGCUCGACCUUCUAGACCAACAGAUGAUCCGCAAGGUCCACCUGCUGUGCGAAUCCACGGCUGGGAUGCUGGGAGUGGCGUUUGCCGCACGGUACCCCGACCGCCUCUACACGCUGACCGUUUGCGCGACCCCGACGCACUUACCCGAAGCCGCCAAGAAGAAAUGGGCCGGCGAGUACGAAGACUGGGCCGCCAUCUGUCGUGCCCUGGACGCGAGGGGCUUCGCCGAGACCCAGAGCAGGGUUCCGGGGGGAAUCGGACAGCCGGAGAACCCUGCGUACUACGACUGGUGGUUGGGCCAGAUCGGUUUGUCUACUGGCGAGGGUCUUGCUCGCACUGCUGCAUUUCUGGACAAGCUGGAUGUGCGUCCCAUGAUGAAGGACGUCAAAUGUCCGACCCUGGUCCUCGCGCCGACGAAUAGCGCAAACACGAGCCUGCAGGAUCAAGAAGCAUUUCGUGAUAGUAUCCCGGGGGCUCAGUUGGUGGCGAUCAAUGGGAAAGGUCAUGAGAUCUACGUUGACAAGGCCAAGGAGUGUCAGGAUGCUUUUCUUGACUUCAUAGCUCGCGUCCCGGUGGAACACAUUGCCAACGACUGCACCCAGAAAAAUUAA